CCUGAGGACCCUGUUGCGGCUGACGACCCCGGCAGCAGGGCCAGGUUCACGACCAUGAGCUGGAUUCCUUUCAAGAUUGGACAGCCCAAGAAACAGAUUGUCCCCAAAACAAAUCGGAGCAGAAUCAUCGAUUCAUAGAAAGUUAGAGCUGGAAACCCUUUAUGGAUCAUCUAGUCCAACCUGAUUUUCCUUACGAGAAAACCAAGGCCACGAAGUCACUGUGACUUUCUCAGGUGGAGAGAGAUUUUGAAAGGGAGUAUGGAAAACUGCAGCAGCUGGAAGAGCAGACGAGGAGGCUGCAGAAGGACAUGAAGAAGAGCACCGAUGCUGACCUGGCCUUGUCCAAAUCUGCUGUGAAGAUUUCCUUGGACUUGCUCUCCAAUCCCCUCUGCGAGCAAGACCAAGACUUCCUGAACAUGGUGACGGCCCUGGACACGGCCAUGAAGCGGAUGGACGCCUUCAACCAGGAGAAGGUGAACCAGAUCCAAAAGACCGUGAUUGAACCCUUAAAAAAGUUUGGCAGCGUCUUCCCGAGCCUCAACAUGGCAGUGAAGCGGCGGGAGCAGGCCUUGCAGGACUACAGGAGACUGCAGGCCAAGGUGGAGAAGUAUGAGGAGAAGGAGAAGACGGGGCCAGUGCUGGCCAAACUCCACCAGGCCCGAGAGGAGCUUCGGCCCGUGCGGGACGACUUCGAGGCCAAGAACAAGCAGCUCCUGGAGGAGAUGCCGCGGUUCUACAACAGCCGCCUGGACUACUUCCAGCCCAGCUUUGAGGCCCUGAUCCGAGCGCAGGUUGGGUACUACUCUGAGAUGCAGAGGAUCUUUGGAGACCUGACCCAGCAGCUCGACCAGCCCGGCCACACAGAUGAGCAGCGGGAGAGGGAGAAUGAGGCCAGACUGAGCGAGCUCAGAGCCCUCUCUAUUGUGGCCGAUGACUGAGUCCCCGCCACCCUUUCGAAGACUCCUGGGAUACAAGUCAACCUCUCUGGUCUUUGCCCUUGUCAAGCUCAGGCGACAGCCAGCAAAAGGCCCUCCCCCGACAGACGUACGGGGACAGCGUGGCCCCUGUUCUACCUCACCAGAUCUCUGCAGGGAGCCUGGCACCAGGAGCCCCAAGCAGGCUGCUGUCUCCCCACCCGUAACAAGAACCCAGACAGGUAAGCAGCGCAGAAAAAUUGCAAGGGUUUCCAAAAGAACCGUCCAAAGGGCAGCCUGGCAUAGGGCCCGAGCAAGUGUCUAGCCUUUAAGGACACAGGCUCUGUCCCUUCACCUGAGGGCUUAGCAUUGCCUGCAUGGUCGUGACGACACCUACCUCCGAAGACCCACCCUGGGGCGUCCACCCCCCACUUGUUGCCUGUGCCCUUCAGACGCCUCUGUUUUGGGAGAGCCCAAGACACUGCCUCUCCUCUAGCCCAGGCUCCCAGCAUGACAAAAGCUGGCCUCGCCCACUUCUAUCCCUUAGGUCAAGGGCAGAGAAGAACCCCAAGCCUUGUAGGUUCUGUAGGAAACCAGACUCUGCUCAUGUAACUAGGCUGCCAGCCACAUAAAAUGUCACAGCCUGAGCCACAGGCUCAAAGCGGGAACAGUGGGUUUGUCUCACCUGAAUAUUUGGAAAUUUUAUUUUUUCAAGUAAAGUUGUCAAUAAACUUGCCAGUUGUUACUGUGCUGUA